AUGGCAAAUCAGAAGAGCCGGAUUAGCCAUGCUAUUUACAAUCGAUUUGCAUCGCCAGUACCAUUUGUGAACAGUGUACGUUGUUCGGUGCAACAUCAUGAACAAAAUCCUGUUUUCAACGAAGAGAACAAUGAAAGCCCCGUCGGUUAUGCCUGGUUGCCAUUGCUCAAAAAUGAUCGAUUAAUUAUCGAAAACGACGAGCAGGAGCUUGCGCUAUCAGUGGCUGCCGAUUUACCGCCCGGCUAUAUCAAUUAUCAGUUACUUGGAUUCGGAAAAGGGGUAAUUUUUCCCUUUUUUUGA